CUCCGCUCCUCCUGCAUGUCCCCAGCAGACCCUGCCAGGAGGCGCAGAGAGGAGCAGCGGACCGAGGAGCAGGGACAGCUUUACUGCUCUGGGGGCUGGGGGUCCAGGCAGCUCCUUAAAUGUUGGAGGAGGACCAGGAGGACAUCCGGAGAGGAGCAGGAGGAGCAGCAGAGAGCGCUGCCUCCACCUGAGGAGCAGAAGAUGAGGCUGCUGGUGCUGCUGGUGGUGCUGCAGGGCGGAGAGUGUGCAGGUUCGGGCCGUGGGGGGGCCGACACCCAGCGGUGUCAGUACUACAACGUGAACUAUGAGAUGGAGAAGACCAAUCAGAGCGGAGUGGAGGUGUGUGAGGGCGAAGCCGACAAACGCUCCCACUGCUACGCCUCCUGGAGGAACGCCUCGGGCGCCAUCCAGCUGGUGAAGAAAGGAUGCUGGCUGGACGACUUCAACUGCUACGACCGGUCGGACUGCGUGGCGACGGAGGAGAAUCCUGAGGUCUUCUUCUGUUGCUGUGAAGGAAACUUCUGCAAUGAGAAGUUCAUCCACCUGCCAGACCCCCGCAGCCCAGUGAUCAAGGCUCCGCCCAGCAGCGUGGACGUGUUAAACGUGCUGAUUUACUGUCUGUCGCCUGCCGCCAUGCUGUCAGUGGUUCUGCUCAUCGCCGUCUGGAUGUACCGCCACCGCAAACCCCCGUAUGGACAUGUGGACAUCAGCGAGGUGCAGCUCACUCUCAUCCUUCUGUUCUAUAAGAGCUCCACCUGCUGGUGUCUGAGGGUACUGCAGUGGGUUCUAAUAGACGGUCCAGGACCCGUAGAGAUCCUUCUGAGUCUGAUGCCUUCGCCUCGUGUCCUCCAGGAUCCCGGCCCCCCCCCUGGCUCCCCCCUGCUGAGUCUGAAGCCCCUGCAGUUGCUUGAGGUGAAGGCUAUGGGGCGCUUCGGCUGCGUGUGGAAGGGCCAGAUCCUGAACGAAUACGUGGCCGUGAAGAUCUUCCCAAUCCAGAACAAGGAGUCGUGGCAGAACGAGAGAGACGUGUUCCUGACGCCGGGAAUGAGGCACGAGAACAUCCUGAGAUUCAUCGGAGCAGAGAGACGAGGGAGUCACCCGGAGAGCGAGCUGUGGCUCAUCAGCGAGUUCCACGAGAGGGGCUCUCUGUCCGACUUCCUGAAGGGGAACGUGGUCAGCUGGUCCGAGCUGUGCCACAUCGCUGAGUCCAUGGCCCGCGGCCUGGCGUACCUCCAUGAGGACAUCCCCCACCUGAAAGGAGACCGACAUAAACCGGCCAUCGCUCACAGGGACUUUAAGAGCAAGAACAUCAUCCUGCGCUCCGACCUCACCGCCGUCAUCGCCGACUUUGGCCUGGCUGUUUGCUUUGAGGCGGGGGAACCGCCUGGAGAAACGCACGGACAGGUGGGCACCAGGCGCUACAUGGCCCCAGAGGUCCUAGAGGGCGCCAUCAACUUCCAGAGAGACGCCUUCCUGCGGAUCGACAUGUACGCCGUGGGGCUGGUGCUGUGGGAGGUGGUGAGCCGCUGCAGGGCAGCCGACGGUCCAUUGGAUCAGUACUUGCUGCCGUUUGAGGAGGAGGUGGGUCAGCAUCCGACCCUGGAGGACCUGCAGGAGGUGGUGGUCCACAAGAAGAUGAGACCCACCAUCAAAGAACUGUGGCUCAAACACAGCGGUCUGGCUCAGAUCUGUGAGACCGUGGAGGAAUGCUGGGACCACGACGCCGAAGCUCGCCUGUCAGCCGGCUGCGUGGAGGAGAGGAUCUCCCAGAUCCGCCACCACGCCGCCGCCACCGCCGCGCCUACCUCCGACGCCAACGCAGCUGUCACCAUGGUGACCAACCUGGAGCCGCCGCCUAAAGAGUCCAGCCUCUGAGGAGGAGACCCAGACCGGUUCUGGUUCUGAUCCCCCUCCUGGACCUCCGAGUACCUCAGGUUUUCUGCUGGAUUCCACACGGCGUCUGCCGACCCGCGAAUGUUUCCCACCGAAAUGCUGCAGAGCCGCCAUGUUGCCAUGGAGACCGCUCCAGCUGGAGGCGAGGACCUUUUUAUUUUUUAUUUUUUAGAGUCAUUUGUGUUUUAUCGGUUGACAUGACCUCAGACAAACCUUCGGAUCCAACGGGUCUAACCCUGAAAGACAGAAACAGGAAGUGAUGUCAGAAGGGAAGCCAGACGGCUGCUCUGUUUCAGGAAACAUUAGUCAGGAAAAAAAAACUAAACAGCUGACUGAGCUCAGCCA